AGAGAGCGUCCGCUAGAGCAACAUGCCACAUUGUGGAUUUUUUAUAUGGAUUUUCUUCUCUUCAUGGGGAGUAAUAAUUGCAGGCAGUCUGAGGACUCUUCCUCAUGUGAUGAAGUACCAAACAGUGAUACCUCAGAGGCUGAAGGAUUCAUCUCACCUUAAUACUGCUGCUACACAUCCGCUGUAUCCUGAUGUACUCCAGUACUCUGUGACGAUUGCAGGACAGAACCACACACUACACCUGGAAAAGAACAAACAUCUUGUUGGGCAAAACUUUUCUGUGACCCACUAUUCUGAUCAGGGUGAAGAAGUCACAACUACACCAGAUCUUGGGGUUCACUGCUACUAUCAUGGACACGUCGUGGGCAUUGAGGACUCGUCUGCCAGCGUGGGACUGUGCUCAGGAAUCAAAGGCUUUGUGCGUCUCCAGGACCAAAUGUACCUCAUCGAACCUCUCUCAGGUGCUGAGGCAGGACAGCAGGAUGAAGGGCACAGUGCUGAGGAUCACAGCAGUGAGGGUCUCCAUGCCAUUUACAACUACAAACACCUGAGGAGGAAGAGGAGCUCCUGUUCCCAUGGAAACACGACUACUUACUAUGAUCAUGGUGCUCGUUCGGCUGGUCUGUUCAAGCUGGGCAGUCUGAGAAGCAGAGCUCAAACCAAAGACCGUUCAAAGAAACCCAGGACAGUCGAGCUUGUUGUUGUGGUCGAUAACACCGAGUACAAGAAGUUUGGCAGCACGAAGAAAAUAGAAGCCAGAGUGCUUGAAGUAGCAAACCACGUGGACAAGCUGUAUCGACCCCUGAACAUCCGUGUGAUGCUGGUCGGUGUGGAUAUCUGGUCGUACAAGGAUAAGGUCGAGGUCAGCUCAAACCCAGAGAUCACCCUCGGACGCUUCCUCGAGUGGCGCCAGAAGAACCUUGUGCCCAGGACUCAACACGACAAUGCACAAUUCAUCACAGGUGUUGAUUUUGAUGGUUCCACUGUUGGCUUAGCUAACACCAACGCCAUGUGCACCUCAAACUCCGGAGCUGUUAAUGAGGACCAUAACUCUAACUCAAUUGGAGUGGCUUCUACCAUUGCACAUGAGAUGGGUCACAACCUAGGCUUGACCCAUGACACUGAAGACUGCAUCUGUGGUUCCUUCACAUCCAAGAAAGGCUGCAUCAUGUCCGAAAGUGUUGGCUUUGUGUAUCCUGAGAAGUUCAGCAGCUGCAGUCAGCAGCAGCUCAACAGAUUCUUGGACGAGGUGGACCCUGCCUGUCUGCUCGAUUCUCCUUCCACUGAUCGUAUCUUUCGUGGGCCGGUGUGUGGGAAUGCCUUCCUGGAGCCUGGAGAGGAGUGUGACUGUGGCACUGUAGAGGAAUGUAAGAACCCUUGCUGUAAUGCCACCACCUGCAAACUGAAAGCAGGAGCCGCGUGUGCAGAGGGAGAGUGCUGCCACAACUGCCAACUGAAACCAACAGGCAGCGUCUGCCGACCAAAGACAGGAGAUUGUGACCUCACAGAAUACUGCACCGGCUUCUCCGCCUCCUGCCCAGCUGACGCGUACACCCAGAACGGACGCCCAUGCAGCCGGGGGAAGGGAUACUGCUACAAUGGACAGUGUCCUUCCAGGCAGGAGCACUGCAAGAGGCUCUGGGGCCCAGAUGCUGACGUAGCUGCAGAAGCUUGUUUCUCUCAGCCUGGAAACUGCAGGAGGACACGGUUUAGCCAGAGAUGUCCAAGUCGAGAUCAAUCCUGUGGGACGCUUUUUUGUACUGGAGGAUGGGAGUUUCCUGUGACAUCCAGAAAGUCCUUUUUGCAGUUAGGAAAUGGAGAAAUCUGUAAUGAGGCCACAAUGAAAGCUGAAGAUAACUACCCUCCAGAUCUAUCCAAAGUGCCCACUGGCACCAAGUGUGGCACCAACAUGGUGUGCUACAACCAACAAUGUCAGGACAUCAAGAACAUCAAAGCGUAUGGCUCUGAUGACUGUUCAGCCAAAUGUAACAACAACGGGGUUUGUAACCAUGAGAGGAAGUGUCACUGCGACCCCGGCUGGGCGCCGCCUUACUGCGACGUGCUACAGUCAGAGCUGCCUCAAGAUGCAGGUCCAGUGGUGUUAGGUGUGUCUCUGGCGGUUGGAUGUCUCCUGCUGUUGGUCGUGGUUAUUGGGACUCUGAUGUGCUGCAUGAAAAAAAGACGACCCACAAAAAGAUGCUUCCAAUCUACCUCUGGACAGCUUAACCCCAUGUUUCAGUCGAGCAGUACACGCAGCAGUCCUCGAGUCGGGACAGCGCACAUAAGCAAGCCCAUUUUUGUGGAGUCAUCAGCAUCUCAGGCCUGUAAACCUCUCAACUCCACUUUUUCUAAACCACAAACUGGAGCCCCGAAGCCCAGCCGAGCAGCUCCAGAGCCACCAAAGAAACCUGGAGCAACGCCUCAACCAUCCAAGAUUCAACAGGUUGUAAGGCCUUUUAUGCAGCCUCCAAACAUUUCAAGCAAACCAGUCUACACUGAGAGUAAGCCUCUACCUCCCUCAAGACCUCUCCCACCACUCACAUCAAAACCAAUCUCAAAGCCAAAGCCCCCGAUGCCCCCUGUGAAGCCAAAGCCCUCUGCAGCCCCAUCUCCUCUGCCUCACACUCUGCUGCUUUCAGGCAGAGCUGCCCUGAUGCCCCCCAACCGGCCCAGAUGACAGAGGGAGUAAUUCAUCCUGGUAUAAACACCCAGAUCCUCUGACAGCAAACACUGCUGUCAUCCCACAGAGAAGAACCUAAAGGUCCUCUCAGGAGACACUUCUCUCUUUUUAAAGUCGAGGCGAGAUCCACCGAAGGAUCAGCAACAAUACGUGACAGAGUUGCUCUGUCAGUUUUCGUCUCUCUGAAGAUUACCGCCGUCUGUGUCUUGCUUAUGAAAGCCUUCAGUAUGUUGUUGAAAACCUGAAGCCGUGAUUGACAGACUCAGCAUCUGUGCUUUCUGAAUGACAAAUGGCUCUCCUGCCAUGAUGUUUUUUUUUCUUUAAGGGAAAUGUCUCUCUCUCUUGAUCCUUGGAUAUGUGAAGAUUUAUGAGGCAAUUGCACUAUUGAUGCUGUAACUGUUUAACUGUUACUAUCCUCUCACUUUGUUUUGGUACUGCUUUUUAAGAAUUAGUGUUGUUAAGGGAUCUGAAAUUAUUGCACCAACUUGGGCACUUUAAAGAUUUUCUUAUUAAGGUCAAACCACAAAUGUUUAUCUUGUUCUAUCUUGUAUGCGUGGCUUUGUGAGACUGAUUUGUUAAAUGCAGUUGUUUUAUAUGUUGACGGGAUAUGUGUAUUUCUUUGUGUCCGUAAGGGAUUUUUAUUGUAUUUUCUAUGCAGCAGACAUGAUCAAACAGUUCUCUCUUAAUAAUGCCAACGAUUGUGGCCUUUCCUGCAAACUUUGAACUGAAAAUUAUUUGAAAAAUAUUCUUUCCUAUUUAUUGAGAUCUUUAUUCUGUAAAAUAAAGCUUAAAAUAAAAUUGAAUCAUCAAAAUCAA